AUGGCAAACUUUGGAAAACCAGAAAAUUGUUCGUGCUUUCCUGUUGUUGAUCUGAAUUCGUGUUUCUCUAAGGACUUCAAUAAUAUCAAACAAGAAAUGGAAUUGGAAAUGGAAACGGAAAUGGAAACAGAUGCUUCGCCAGUUUUAUUGAUGUCAUCAUCCGCUUCAAGAGAGAACACAAACACUCUGCCUGUAAUACAGAGAACGUCUGAUGGAAAGAUUAUCACUACAAAUAAUAAUAUGAACUCUAAGAUCAACAAGCAACUAGAUAAAUUGCCCGAAAAUUUGAGACUUAAUGGUAGAACCCCCAGUGGAAAACUAAGAUCAUUUGUUUGCGAGGUCUGUACAAGGGCGUUCGCAAGACAGGAGCAUUUGAAAAGACAUUACAGAUCACAUACAAAUGAAAAACCCUAUCCCUGCGGUCUUUGUAACAGAUGCUUUACUAGGAGGGAUUUACUAAUCAGACAUGCUCAAAAAAUUCACAGCGGUAAUUUGGGCGAGACAAUAUCUCAGAACAGGAAAUCAUCUAGAACAAUAACUAAAGCUCGUAAAAACUCAGCCUCCUCUGUUAAAUUUCAAACUCCGAACUAUGGAGCUCCAGAUAAUGGUAAUUCUUUGAACCGCACCACCACUAGUACAAGAAGAAAGGCGAGUCCCAGCGCUAGCGUGAAACGUAAGUAUUUGAAGAAACUCACGCGUAGAGCUUCAUUUAGUGCGCAGUCUGCCUCGAGCUAUGCAUUACCUAACCAAUCUGAGUUGGAACAACACCCAAAGGAUCGUGUCAAAUUUUCCACACCUGAAUUAGUUCCACUUGAUUUGAAGAACCCCGAACUUAAAUCCACAUUCGAUUUGAACUUAAACAUGGAUUUGGGCCUGAACCUGGAUUCCAAUUUCAAUCUGGCAUUUAACCGCUCUAAUUCUUCUGGAUCUACAAUGAAUCUGGAUUACAAAUUUCCCGAAUCUGCAAACAACUAUACAUAUUCUUCCGGCUCCCCCACUGGCGCACAUGCUAGUACUAAUUCGAAUUCUAAGAAUGCUUCCUUCAAUGAUGCAGACUUAUUGUCAUCAUCAUACUGGAUAAAAGCUUACAACGAUCAUUUGUUUUCAGUAUCUGAAAGUGACGAAACCUCUCCAAUGAACUCUGAGUCAAACGACAAUAAACUGAUUGUCCCCGGAUUAAAAUCAACUCUAAACCAAUGGAAGGAUUCAAGGUCCUCCUCUUGGACUGCGGCCAUAGAUAAUAAAGGCUCUAAUUAUCAGACGGAUUUCGUUGAUUUUCAAGAUUUGUUGAAAAAUGAUACACUCGGUAAUGAUUCGUUAGAGGCCACAGAAAUUUUAAAAGAGUUCGAUAUUUUACAUGAUGAUAGUGUGAGCGCCACUGCUACAUCAAAUGAAAUUGAUCUAUCUCAUUUAAACUUAUCCAACUCUCCAAUUUCCCCGCAUAAAGUGACGUAUAAGAGUCAGGAGGAAAAAAAUGAAGAUUUUUUGGUUUCUUUCAAGCUUGGCCAACCUUCCAGUCGCGAAGAUGAUCUGGAUAAGUUGUGCAGCAUGACCAAAGAUGUCCAAGCUAUUUUCAGUCAAUAUUUGAAAGGAGAGGGCUCCAAUAGGUCACUAGAUGAUUUUCUGUCAAAAUCAAAUAAGAAAGAAAAUGCAGAUAGCGGUGCUUAUACAUUUUAUGGGUUGGAUUGUUUGACGUUAUCGAAAAUAUCAAGAGCUUUACCAAUGUCUGCUGUGGACAAUGAACAACCCCUGCAUUCUCCAGAAUCAACGCUAUUCAAUGAACCAAUAAGGAAUAUGUGCAUCAAAGUGCUUAACUAUUACAACAAGUUCAAUCAUGAUAGUAGUGGAGCUCCCAUGGACUCUAAUUCAAAUUCGCUAUCCAAAGAAUUGUUAAUGCCCACUACAACUGAGUUGAACGAAUAUUUGGAUCUUUUCAAAAAAAAUUUUCUCCCCCACUUUCCUAUCAUUCACCCAAGCUUACUCGACUUGGAUCUGGAUAACCUGCAGCGAUAUACUAAUGAAGACGGAUAUGAUGAUAUUGAGAAUGUACACAUGUUUGACCGCUUAAGCCAGGGUACAGAAAAAGACUAUGAUUAUGAGCAUUAUCAAAUUUUGUCCAUUUCCAAAAUCGUUUGUUUACCCUUAUUUAUGGCCACAUUUGGUUCCUUGCAUAAAUUUGGUUACAAAUCUCAGACGAUAGAAUUGUAUGAAAUGAGUAGAAGAGUUUUACAUGCUUUUUUGGAAACUAAAAGACAAUGCCGCAGUACAGCCGUGAAUGAUUGCCAUCAAAAUAUCUGGCUAAUGCAAUCUUUAAUACUGAGCUUCAUUUUUGCCUUGGUUGCUGAUUAUUUGGAAAAGAUUGAUUCUUCUUUAAUGAAAAGACAACUUUCUGCGUUAUGUUCUACAAUUAGGUCCAACUGUUUACCAGUAAUUUCUGCAAAUUCUGAUAAGAGUAUUAAUAGCAACAAUGGACCUUUGUCUUUCGGUUCUUCACUUCAGUACAUUAUUUUUGAAUCAAAAAUUAGAUGUACGUUAAUGGCUUAUGAUUUUUGUCAGUUCUUGAAAUGUUUUUUUCAUAUCAAGUUUGACUUGUCCAUAGCAGAAAAUGAUGUGGAAGCUAUUUUUAUACCUGAUAAUGAGUCAAAAUGGAUAAGUGAAUCGAUAAUAUCUAAUAGACAUGGUGUGCAAAAGCAAAACUUUUAUGAUUUCAGAAAUUUUUAUUACAGUUUCACGUAUGGCCAUUUACAUUCAAUUCCCGAAUCCUUAGGGUCGUCUAUGAUUUAUUAUGAAUAUGAUCUAAAGAAGGGAACUAAGUCACAUGUGUUUUUAGAUAGAAUUGAUACGAAAAGAUUGGAGAGAAGUCUGGAUACUUCUUCAUAUGGUAAUGAUAGCAUGGCAACAGCUAACAAAAACAUUGCAAUCUUGAAUAAUGACACAAUAAUUUUAAAGAAUAAUCUAAUGACAAUGAGGUUUAUCAAACAAAUCGAUCGUUCGUUUCCUGAAAAGGUUAGAAAAGGACAGAUAGCAAAGAUAUAUGAUUCCUUUUUAGAUUCUAGGAAAUUGAACUUUUUGAAAAAUUACUCAAUUGAAGUACUGUGUGAAUUUUUGGUUGCGCUAAAUUUUUCAAUCCGUAAUAUUUCAGCGUUAUAUAUCGAAGAUGAAAGUGAUCAUUCCCAAAGAACCACUUUUCAAGAGAAGUUUGAGAUCCGUUUGAAUGAUCAAGCCCUUUCUGUCUUUAAUUUGCAAGGCUACUACUAUAGUUUUAUCCUAAUCAUAAAGUUUCUUUUGGAUUUUGAAGCAACACCAAACUUCAAGUUAUUGAGAAUUUUUAUUGAGUUAAGAAGCCUUGCCAAUUCUACCUUGCUUCCUAAACUGUCAAAAUUAUAUCCCGAAGAAUUUUUGGGGUUUCCAGAUGUCGUCUUUAUGCAACAACUUAUGAAGAAAGAAAGCGGUGUGCUUGAUCCUGUAUCGUCUAUAAACGAAUGCAAAAAUGGUGCAUAUGACGAUAUGAAAACUAAACUGACCAAAAAGAUCAAUAUUGAAGGAUUGGAAAUGUUUAUUAAUGAGAUUUUGGUCAAUUCUUUUAACGAUACUUCUUUCUUAAAUAUGGAGGAUUCAAUUCGGAAUGAAUUUUCUUUUGAUAAUGGCGAGAGGUCUGUUAUAGACAUGAAUUCUCCAGCACAUAUCCUACUGAACUCGAAUUUGGAAGGUAUGAACUUCAGUGGUCUGAAUGAUUCGCACCAGACUGUUUCUACUUUAAAUCUUUUACGCUAUGAGAAACAUCAUCCAUCCAGACAUAAACAUGGUGGAAAUGGUCAAGGUUUUGCUGACAAGUAUCAACUAUCCUUGAAAUACGCGACCAUUGCAAAAUUAUUUUUCACCAAUGUCAAAGAAAACUACAUUCACUGUCACAUGUUGGAUAAGAUGGCUAGUGAUUUUCGUAUUUUGGAAGACUAUUUGAAGGAGAACAACUGA